AUGGAGUGGCAGCUGCUGCUAUCGGUCGUCUUCGUCGCGGCUUAUCUCAAAGAUGUCGCAGCGCAAGCUUGCUCGCUCAUGUGCCGUCUGGAAGUGGUGGCACUGCGAGGUUGGAUGGGUUUAAGAGAGGGAACAUUGGCAUUGCUAGUCGCUGGGCCGUUUGUGUUGGGAGACGCCGAAAUGUGGCCAUGGCGCAUCCAAGAUUUCCCUCACAACGGCAUCAAUAACAACAACAACAGCAAUAAUAAUAACACCGACAACAACAACAACAACAACAACAACAACAUCGCCAAGUGGAUUUGGAGCACGCCGGGGGCGAGCUCGGAUGCCCCUACAGGCGACAUAUACAUGUUCAAUAAGACCUUCACGGUCCGGUCAAUGACCUCGGGGGUGCUAUACGUAGCUUGCGACGACGCGGCCCAUAUCUUCUUGGACGAUGUUUACCUUGGGUAUGUGGCCUGGCCUAGCAGCAGCAACAGCCUACUGCAGCCAACCCUGCUGGAGUUGCCCGUCCUCUUGCCAGCGGGCUCGCAUUGUCUCUCCCUUUGGGCAUGGAAUUCCAACAGCAGCUCAUCAUCAAGCACGACAAACCCUGCGGGGCUUAUAGCAGCGCUGCUGAUCAUCAGUGAUGCGAGCACGACGCACUGCCCACGCCGCGAGCACUAUGAAGUAAUAGCGGAUGCCGAAGCAUUAUUAGGGGGCCGUCAGUUCUUGGAGCAGUUGUCAGCACAGACAGCAGCAGCUCUAUGUUCCAGGCUGAGCAGCUGUGCUGGCUUUCAAGCUUUGAGCAGUAGUAGUAGUGAUGCAUCAUCGCAAGGAGGACUCCUGCAGAACCCUAUUACCUAUCGUUACGGGCGCGGGAUGUGCUUGUACCGCAAACGAGUCACGACAUGCCCGUUCUUGGACGGCUACAUCGCCAUGAAGGAUAUAGCGUACAACCGAACCAACGGAAUUAACUACCCUUUAUUAAACAUCACCUUGGAAGCUUGCUCAUCUUCGAGCAACUGCCUGGGCUUUGAUGUCGUUGCUCCGGACGGGGAGGACGGUGAUAGCUCUGGCUGGGUCAGGUACACAGAUGGCUCCUACACGUAUUCCCUGGGCUACUGCUCUUACAGCAAAAUCGUGACCCGAUGUCCUCAAAAGGCAGCAUAUGAAGUUGUCACCAACGCGCAGUAUGAUGGUGGUGAUGAUGGCGCGCUACAUUGGGAGCAGCUGCAGAUGGAAUCCACUUAUGGCACCCAGGAUACCCUUUACCGUGCAUGCAACUCGCUUGCGGAGUGUCAGGGCUUUCAACUAUUAGUCCACCGCAACGACAUGUUGUUGUACAACAACUCAUCAAGCUGGGGAUUCGGGCUCCGGAAAGCGAGCUCGCAUCGUUACAGUCACGGGGCCUGCAUGUACAUUAAGAGCGGCCGGUUCCGGCCCGGUUCCGACCUAACGGGUCCAGUUAACGAGAUCGGUAACCGGUCGGUAGGAUUACCGGGCGAACCGUUAUCCGUUAACCGUCCCCAGUGA